AUGUGUGCUGUGUGUAUGGGCGAGGAGGACCUGGCCCGGAUAAAAAAGUUGCUUCAGUCAGGGGAUCUUCUUUUGCACCUCUUGAACGAUUUGCUCACGUUCAGUAAGAAUCAAAUUGAUCAGGCGAUCCAAAUCGAGGAGAAAGAGUUCAGGUUGUCUGAUAAACAUAUUGACUUCAGCAUCAACUUUUUUUCUGGUGGAGUGACCGAAUCAAAAGGGACCGUGUGCCGCGAAAGCCAAUUGGAACCGACCAAUUCAGGGGGUGGUUCAACACAGCCUGGCAGACUGGCAGACAUGGUCCUUUGGGGUGAUCAACACCGAAUCCUCCAGGUACUGAUCAAUUUGGUCAGCAACAGUCUCAAAUUUACACAUGAGAACGGGAAAGUAGAAGUUCGCAUUUGCCUUGUGGAUGAACCUUUCAAACAUGGAACUCAUCUGGCCCCAAAAGACACGCCUCGGCGCAACUCACGAAUACGGUCCAAGACCGGCUCAAGUGCCAAUUCAUCGAUCCAUGGUGUUGUGGAUGUGGCUGAGGAUCAAGCUAAAGGGCAAAGAGUGUCACAGUCUAAUCUUCGCCAACUUAACUUCCAAUUUGAAGUCCAAGAUAAUGGGCUAGGUAUCCCUAGCCAUCUCCACCGGCGUAUCUUUGAUCCUUUCGUUCAGGGUGACCUGGGAUUGAAUCGGAAAUACGGGGGAACUGGGUUGGGUCUCAGUAUAUGUGCCCAGUUAUCCCGCAUGCUGGGAGGUGACAUUCUGCUAAAUAGCGAAGAAGGCAAAGGGUCUCUUUUUACUUUGAGAAUCCCCUUGGGGUAUGUCAAAGAAUUAGCCCUAAGCACACAUGCUUCAAGCAUCCCAGGAUCGCGGACCCCAAGUGUUCUAUCCUUGGAAGACUUCUCCAACGCCGCGCGCACAUCCUCAAAUCAUGGGUCAGUGAGGAGCGAACCCCCUGCGCCUGGAUUCGAAAAGUCAGAGAUACAACCACGUUUGGUUGGAUUAAGUCAACCAUUUUUCACGCCGACUGCUCCAUCGCCUCCUGGGUCAGUGCCUAGCAACUUGCCAUCCAAUAAAAGCUCAUCUGACAAUGGCGAUCGCUCAAAAAGGAUACGUGUGUUGGUUGCCGAAGAUAACACAGUCAAUCGGGAAGUAGUUCGAAGGAUGCUCGCGUUGGAGGAUGUUUAUGAUGUGACAAUUGUUAAAGAUGGUCAGGAGGCAUAUGACACUGUCAAAUCAAAUAUGGAGAAGGGAGAUGCGUUUGAUCUAAUCUUCAUGGACAUUCAAAUGCCAAUCCUCGAUGGUCUCGAGAGCACCCGACUUAUACGCCAGAUGGGAUAUUCUGCACCCAUCGUCGCAUUGAGUGCUUUUGCAGAAGAAAGCAACAUCAAGGACUGUAUGGAUUGCGGGACGGAUAUGUUCAUGGGUAACCCUAUUCGAAGGCUUGCGUUGAAGCAAGUGCUCAGCAAAUUUUCCACCAUCAUUGAGGAAACGGAACUUGGAUCCUAA